GAAGGGGCUCACAAAGAAUACUUCUAGCCGAAUUUUCUUCUAUAUACAAGUGAAGGUGCUCGCAAAUUAGCAUAUGUGCUUCAAAUUCUUUAAUUCAUUUGCAUGCUCUGAAGAAACUUACACUUCCCGCUUAUUUGGAAUCAAUUCCCGCUAAUGUUCUCACAAGUCACAACACUCCUAAUUCUCAAUUCUUCUAUGCUCCGCCACCGGUCCUCCGCCACGCUCCAAUCACUACUAACCAUAGAUGAAGAGAUGUCCAGUUCGCUGAGGCAUAUGUCAAUGAGAACUCGUAUGGUUGCUCCAAAACUGGCUGCAGCCCUUACCAGCAGUGACAACCGGACUCAGGCAAUGUUUGCACGUCUUGAAGCUCUGGAAAAUGAUCAUGCUGGAUUCGAGACGGUGCAAGUUGAUGAUGAUCAAGGGUGGAGAGCUUAGAAAGAAAGUUGGAGUAGUUACCUUAUAUCUAGUGCAGUGUUAAGACGCAGCAGGAGCAAGUUAUGACAAAGGCUGAUGUAUUACGGGCUAACGCGGUAGAAAGAUUAAGUUUAUGAUGCCAUUUACGUUGAGCUUUUUUUGGAAGAUGAAGAAGAGAAAGCAAAUUCCCAGAGCCGGUUAGGCAAUGAGAAUUUAUUUCCCAUAUGCUAUCAGUUCGUCGUGCAUGGAGUAGGAGAAGCAAUAAUUGUUCGGGAGAUUUAAUAUAUAGAACAGAAAAACGAAUAUCUGAAAGUCGUGAUAAACACUUUCAGAUCAAAUCAAUUUCGGUGGUUCUACCAAAGUUGUUUGAUCGGAUAAAAUUCAGAGUAUACAGAAAAUUCGUAUGUGUGUUAGAGAUUAUGAACCAGAAGAAUUGAUCAGAAUAAGAAGAAGAUGAACCGAUGCAGC